CUUCCGCUGAAUCGGACGAUUUCUUCCGCUCCUCUUUUCCUCGCCGGGAAACCUCGCCGAAUUUCAGUUUUCCGGCGUUAUUCUCGCCGCAAUGGAAGGCAACGCCACCGGAAUCGGCCGAGUUCUGGUGUUGGCCUUCUGCGUCGCUGGGAUCUGGUCGGCGUAUAUCUCACAAGGCGUUCUUCAGGAAACUCUGUCCACCAAGCAAUUUGGCCCAGAUGGGAAGCGGUUCGAACACCUGUCAUUUUUGAACCUUGUACAAAAUGUCAUUUGUUUUCUUUGGUCAUUGAUAAUGAUAAAGCUAUGGUCCAGAAGUACCGGUGGUGCUCCAUGGUGGAGUUAUUGGAGUGCCAGCAUCACAAACACGAUUGGUCCGGCAAUGGGAAUUGAAGCAUUGAAGUACAGUAGUUACCCAGCACAGGCAUGAUCAACUGUUCCUUGAUUCAGUUUUGAUAUGGUUGCUUUAUCGAUUAUAGUGAUGGUUCUGGAAGAUGCUUUUACUGAUUAUAGUGAUGCUCCUGCAAGAUGCUUAGAUUCAAACUAGUAGUUGAAGGUCAAGUCUUGAGGUUUGAACACAUCGGUUUCUUUUUCUUUUUCUUUUUUCCCCUGGUUAAUGGUUCCUUUUUGGGUGACCCAAUUCAAAAUUUCACUUCUGGAAAUAUUCUAAUGGAACACAAAUCUCUCUAGGACCCCAAGUAAAUUGAGAUAACGCUUAGAUGAUGAAUAGAAUUCUCUCCGGGAUUACGUGGAAGCUACCUGAUUGCAAUAAGCAUAAACACUUUAUUGCAAUUCUCAAGUUUUUUAAAUUCUAAAUUGAUAUCGACGAAGGGUACUACAAAAUAAGUGCAGAAUACUAUCGUUUGUUGAUGAAACUCUAGCUAGUACAUGGACUAAUUACAGAGGUAUUCUUAGGCAACCAUUUGGUACUGUCAGUUACAGAAUUAGGUUGAAUCAACAUAAAUGAAGGUUUUGAAGUAGGGGAUGGGAAAUUCAAAGUUUCAAGGAUAGGGUAUAAGUUGCUAUCUUCUUGUGUUGGAAAUAAGGGCUGCUUCUGCCUUGUGAUGUGGAUGAAAUUCUCUAGAAAGCUAUGAAAUGAGCAUGACCCCCCUUUUUCCCCAUUGCUCAUCAAGCUCCUCUUUGUUUUCUCGUCCAAAAAUUGUAGAUAGAUUUCUUUUGAACCAUACUUUCAUGGGCACCUGCCGAUGACUACGUAAGUAUUAAAAGGCUGAUUUCCUGUACUGAUAGUUUGGACUUUGGGGAGCAGUUUGUUCAUCGCGUUUUGGCAGCCCAUCCAACAGCUCAUUGUUUGAGUCUUUACGACUUGUUUGACAACCCUGCUGCACACCGAGGUCAGCCAUCCAUUUCAUUGCAUUGAUAUUUUAGGUCCAAAGGUUCUUAAUUGCCUUUGAUUUUCCUUAAGCCAUCUUUGCCCUCUCGUUGUGAGAGGAUCACUUUGGGAGUGUCUGAUUAGUUAGAAUGCUAAACUUCUGUUGCCUAAGUAUGUUUAUUGGUCUGGCACCAUUUUAGAGGGAUUUGAAUUAAUAUAAGAUAUCCUUUCCUCAGCAAACAGGAGCCUGAACUCAUUUCGGAUAGUGUUUGGUUCAUUUGAUUACCAAUGGGGUACAUUUUGGUGCCAAUUAGAACUGAAUUAUAGCAAUUCAAUUCAGCGUAGAAAGUGGGCGUCAUUUCAACUUUAUUGAAUUGAAUUAUUGCAUUUCUGUUUCAUUGAGCAUCCAAAUGCAGCCCAUGUUUGUAAGUUAACGUUUUAUAUCGAUUAAACAUGUAGCAACAUGUGUUGAUUGAUUUUCUAUAGAAGAAUGCCAUCUGUGUAUUGGAAUAGUUUAUGCAGUUCUG